AGACAGAACGGUGUUACCGCUUUUAGGAGAGAGAGAUAGAAGAGAGAAAGUUUUGUUUCUUCAUUUAGAAUCUUGGAUAGAAAGAAAGAAAGAAAGAUUGUUUUGUGAUGAUGAGUCUGAGAAGACAAGACUACAACGUUGUUCAUAAGCUGCCUCACGGUGACAGUCCUUAUGUCAGAGCCAAACAUGUUCAGCUUGUGGAGAAAGAUGCGGAAGCAGCGGUAGAGCUGUUCUGGAAAGCGAUUAAAGCGAGAGACAGAGUGGACAGUGCUCUUAAAGACAUGGCUUUGCUUAUGAAACAACAGAACAGAGCUGAUGAAGCUAUUGAUGCUAUUCAUUCCUUUAGAUAUCUUUGCUCGAGACAAGCUCAAGAAUCACUCGACAAUGUCCUCAUCGAUCUCUACAAGAAGUGUGGGAGGAUAGAAGAGCAGGUUGAGCUACUGAAGCAAAAGCUUUGGAUGAUAUACCAAGGAGAAGCGUUUAACGGCAAGCCGACAAAGACAGCUAGAUCUCAUGGGAAGAAGUUUCAGGUCACGGUCCAGAAGGAGACAUCUAGGAUCUUGGGAAACUUGGGAUGGGCUUAUAUGCAGCUAAGGGACUAUACAUCGGCAGAAACCGUGUACCGUAAGGCUCAAGCGAUUGAGCCAGAUGCAAACAAGGCUUGUAACCUAUGCUCAUGUCUCAUCAAGCAAGGGAAGCUUGGUGAGGCGAGAUCGAUUCUCUUUCAUGAUGUAUUAGAGAAGAAAGAAGGGUUUGAUGAUGAUUUGAGGUUGAAGGUUCGAGUUCAAGAGCUGUUGAGUGAGCUAGAGAGACGGGAAGAAGAAGAAACAGAUGUUUUAGCUUCUGUGGAAUGUGAAGUUGGUAUGGAUGAGAUUGUUGUUGUGGAAGGGUUUGUGAAGGAAUGGAGGAGGCCUUUUAGGACAAGAAGAAGACUUCCAAUUUUUGAAGAGAUCUUACCACUGAGAAAUCAACUAGCUUGUUGAUGCAUAUGAUUCUCUGUGCUUUUGGAUACUGAAUAGGAACUUCUUUUUUUUUUUUUUUUUUUUUUGUGUAGAAGAAUGUAGUGAAUAUAGUUUACUUCUUGUAAACUGUUUUGGUGUCCUUCACUUGUUAUCACUGUGAUGUCAAGUUACAUACUCCAAAUAGAAACAUUAUUAGUUAAGACUGAGCAGAAUGGUUUAGUGGUACCAUUCAUUAGUAUAGUUUGUGUAUCUCUAGGCUAUCUACUUUAGUUAAGGAGAUGCUCAGUUUUGAGAAAUUUGAUUCUCACAAAAGCUUUGAUGAGUAUUGGGAGUAUCAAUUGCGGACCAGUGUGCUAGUUGCUGGUGAUGUCUUUCCAUCAUCUAGUUUAGAUGUGGAUUACAUCGUUAUCUAUUUGUCCAUGUAUGUUUAAGUGCUUUACCUCGAGAAUUUGAAAAAGAACAAGAGAAUUGCAAGUGUGAAUGCAGUGAGAGACCAAGCUACUAGCUAAUUGCUUUACGACGGGUUUCUGAUCAAUUUCUGAGAACAUAUGAUUUUUGUGAUAAAUCAGUAUUCUCUGUAAUUUGUCGUAAAUUAAUGUCGGUACUUUGUCAUAUAAACUGACAAAAGUUCGUCGCAGUUCUCUCGGUUCGGCAUGUCGGCAACUGAACUGUUUCCAACUUUACUUGAACAACGCAGUAAUCUGAUUCAGAUUGAAUAGCUUCAGAUUUUGUUUUAAUCAAGUAAAAGUUAUGAAUCUGGAAGUAAACUCAUUUCAGCCAUUUGUAAACAUUAAUCGAUUUCGUUGUGAUCCCAAAUCUCUAUUUUCCCAAUUUGAUUUCCCUUGAUAUCUUCAAAGACAGUACAAAAUUGUAACACGUGGCCAAACUAGAUGUGUCGUUAAGAAAAGAAGGGUCCGGAUGCAGAGCUAUAAAAACUUUUUGUUUAGAUAAUAAAAUAGGAAAAGAAGAUAUAAAGCACUAUAAUAUUUCUAUCUCGCUCCUAUAUUUUUUUUCCUUCAAUCUCUGUCAAAGAGUUGGUCUUCUGUUGCACAACGGUGUGAAGCGAUAUCUUCACGAGCUUGUUCUGGAUUCGGCUGGCCUCCUCGCAAUCGUUCUAUCUAGUGAUCUCUGCCGCCGGUUUGCAGGGUUUAGUUCCUGUUUCGGACUGGGAAUUGGAGGAGGUGGUGCUGCUGCUGUUGGUACUGAUUAUUCCAAUGUGGUCCCAGUUAGUGUGCUCUUUGCCUCUUCCUAGUAAAUUCGUUUUUCUUUUUCUCCUCUUUCCUUCUUCCCCUUCCUCUGUUUAUUUUAUUUAGUGCUUUCAGAUUUGUUUUUUCUUUAAACUGACACCACCGCCGCCUCAAUUCCUUGCAGUGCCACCAUCACCGACGAAACUCCCUCCACCGCCAUUGCUGCUGCUCCACCUCCACCAUCACGGCGACCGUCGCAUCCUACACCAACACAGUCGCAUAUCAACGAUUAUUAAUUAGAUUAUAAGUUUUUUUUUUUUUGUUUAAUUUUAUAGAACUUUUAUUUUUAAUUUGUUUAUUUGUAAUAUAUAUUUGAUAAUUUGAAUUUUAAUAUUAUUGUGAAUUUUAUUUGUAUUUCAUUAAAAAAAAUAUAUAUAUAUAUUUGUUUGUCGGAAGAUCA